AUGGCCGAAGAAAUUCCUCCAAGCGCAACGUUCGUCCGCAAUCUCGACGAGCGCAUCAAAAUCCCUGCCCUGACCGAAGCGCUACGCGACAUCUUCGGCGAAUUCGGCGAAAUCGUUGACAUUGUCGCCAAGAAGAACCUCAAAGCCAAAGGCCAAGCCUUUGUCGUCUUCGACUCGGUCGACGCCGCCCAGGAUGCCAUCGAUGCGCUGCAAGGCUUCGACCUCUUCGAGAAACCCAUGACUCUAGCCUUCGCCAAAUCCCGCUCCGACAAGACCGUUGAAAGAGAAGAUGGAGAAGCCGGCUACGAGGCGCACAAGAAGGCAAGAUUGGCCGAGAAGGAACGCAAACAAGCCGCCGAGACCGCCGCCCAAGAGGCUGCCGCGGCCGCUGCAGCCGCCGCCAAACCCAACAAACGUGCCGCCCAAGAAGUCCUCGCCGACCGACCCGCCAAGUCGUCCACCAAAUCAGGCGUCAACAGUGCCGCCGUCGUGCCAGAGGAAUAUCUCCCGCCGAACAAAAUCAUCAUCAUCCGCGACUUCCCCGAUGACUUCGGCAAGGACGAGCUCACGGCUGCGUUUAGCCGCUUCCCGGGAUUCAAGGAGGUGCGUCUUGUGCCGGGACGUAAGGGAAUUGCGUUCGCGGAGUAUCUGGAUGAGAGCGGAGCGACGGCCGCGAGAGAGGGUGUCAACGGGCAGAGUUUGGGCGGAGAAGGCGGGAAGGGAGUCAAGGUUACGUACCAGAGGAAGUAG